UGUGUGUGUGUGUGUGUGUGUGUGUGUGUGUGAGUGCGUGCUUUUGUGUGUAUGAGGGAGGCGUGUAUGUAUGAGGUCCAUCCGCGCCUGGGGCUGCAUUAUGUGUAGACCUGUAGUGUCCCAGCAUUUCAACUUAAUUAACUAAGUAGACUCACGAAAUUUGGGACAUUGCAAUAAGAUAAUUAAAAUAAAAUACAUUUCAAUGAAAAACAUCCAUGCCCAUAAAUAAAUGAGAAAGUUUUUGUGUUUGCUAUAUUUAAACCAGAAUCCAAGUGGAGGGAUUUACUGCCUUUGAGAUGCCGGGUGGAGAAACCACGUGCAUGUAUGAGUUCAUGAGUUAUCGGCUCUUUGGGAAUGCAGACAUGAAAUACAUUAUGCGUUUAGCUGCGUUGCGUUAUGCUCUACAAAACUAUGGAGAAUAUGUGAACAAAUUGACAGGUGAGUCUGGAAAGGGCAAAUCUGACAGCUCAAGAGUUAAAAACGCCAAACUCUUUUUUGAACUGCAUAGCAUUGAGUUUAAAAAAACUGAGUCGUCAUCGAUGGACAAGUGUGUUCUUAUGUCAUUUACUGAUCUUGUUCGUGAAAUUGCCAAUACAGGACAAGGACCAUUUUACGUGGAAUUUUUGCGUGGUGCACUGAACUGCAAAAUUAAACAAAUCUUCGAUUUUGGAUUAUACAAACAAAAUCUUUCAAAAAUACCCGGUUUGUAUGUUACCUUGACAACCAGUUCACCACCUGAACGAGAACUGAAUAUUUUCCGGAUGAAAACUGUUAGGCAUGGUCUAUCAAACAAUUAUAAAAUAGUACCUCUGUUAAAAAUCGAGGAUUGCCCUGAAACUGCUAUUUAAUAAAUGGUACGAUGGACACAAAUUAAAGGUACCUGCGGUUUUUGCGUGUUAAAAUAUUACUUUAUUGGACAUUUCUUUUCGUAUCAGGAAAUUGAAGAAAGCCAAGAAAAUGUGAAUACGUUGGAAAAUAUGUACUAAUGUUGUUUUUUUUUACUUAAAUGGAUGCCGUUGAUGCUCUUAAUAUAACAUGUUUAUAUGUAUUUUAUCAAUCAUAAUUAUAUUAAUUCAUAACGUCACGGAGAUGAUAAGUAGAGCUAUAGCAAGUAGAAAAUUGAUUAUCUGUGUCUUUAAAGGAGCCUUUUCACGUUUUGGUAAAUUGAUAAAAUUAAAAAAAGUUGUUUCAGAUUAGCAAAUUUUCGUUAAAGUUACGAUAAUUGCGAUGAAACAGUAAUACUUCACAUUUACAAUGCUCUAAAUUGCCGUUAUAUGCAUCAUUUGACGAUUACAACACCUGAAAAUUAUAAAGCGUUGAAACGCGAAACGAUUGGAUAAUUUGGAAAGUUCUGUUGUUGUCGUUAUAUUUUGUGAAACUACGAGGAUUGCUUAUAUAAAGAAUAACGUAAUACCUCAUUGUAUGAGCACGCAUGGCCGAGUGGUCUAAGUGGGUAGACUUUUACU